AUGUGGAUGAACGUUUCUCGGGAAGCUAUGCUUGCUCUCGACGAGAUGAUCACAGACGGUCUUGUCUUCAAGGUUCGAUCGAUGAUCGGCAUCGGGAUGGAGCCUGCUGUCUUAUUGCAAAUCACACCUGAUGGGGAGGAUCUCGUUGCUACAUUCCCGAAAGAAGACCAUGUUGCGAUAGAUCGCUUCUUGUCGCGCAACUCCGGCAACGGAAUUUGUGAGACGUCGAACGUCACUAAGAUUGUUGACAUCAACUACGUCACCAGGUUCCCGAUGAUGUCUUGUCUUGCUGCAAGCUGA